AUGCAGAACUUCCAACGAAGGCGUGUCUCACCGCAGGAUGAGCUCCACAGACUCCAUGAGAAUCAGCCCGCGGAACCACCGCAAAUGACAGAAACUCCAUGCCGAACACUGACAUGGUACUUCCGGGCGUACGUGUACGUGAUCCACGCAUUCGUUUACGAGUACAUCCAGUUUUUGCGUCACAAAGCCCGACCCGAAGAUGAUUCCGAGGGAGGAUUGCCAUUCGAAGCCGGCUUCCCGCUCCGAAUUCUCACGAUGACAGCUGUUUUCUGGACCAUCGAAUUCUUGUACAUCCGCCUGCACAUAUUCUCAAUCCCCGUGGUUGUCCGCGGCGUCUGCUAUCUUAUAUUCGUGCUGACAAUCGAUAUGCUCUGCUACUAUAUCUGGACCGACCUAUCAAUCGGCAUCACAAUCGAAGCUUGUCCCUUCUGGGUGAUUGCUCUGAUAGCUGUCGAGAAACUGCUGAUUGAAACCAUAAUUCGACGGUUGCAUUAUUGUCCAAUAGGCGAGAGUCACAUCAAAGACGACCUACAGCUCUUCAUCGAAGGUCUCAUGACGCCGCCGCCUCCAGGCUGCUGCGGGGGGACCCAUCGGUGCGAUCGGCACCGCGCCACUGCAACGAAUGGAAACCGUUUCCAAGUUCACGGUCACCACGGGCAUAUGCACAUGCACUGA